ACGCUGCUCAACAGAGGCCUGCCUGGACCUCCAGGACCACAAGGAGAGAGGGGCUUCAACGGACUGCCAGGUCCACGAGGAGCUAUUGGACCUCCUGGACCUCUUGGACGAUCAGGUGAAAGUGGACUACGAGGUCUACCUGGUCCCAAAGGUGAAACAGGGCUACCUGGUGCCGACGCUCACAUACCCAGACUGUCGUUCUCUGCUGCUCUCACUGUCCCCAUGGAGAGAUCAGGAACCAUCGUCUUUGACAAGAUCUUUGUUAAUGAAGGAGACUUCUACGACCCGAGAACAGGUAUUUUCACUGCUCCAGUAGACGGACAUUACUUCUUCAGUGCCAUCCUAACGGGUCACAGGAACGAGAAGAUUGAGGCUGUUUUGUCCAAGUCUAACUACGGCAUGGCCCGGGUGGACUCCGGAGGCUACCAACCUGAAGGUCUGGAGAACAACCCUGUCGCUGAAGCUAAAACCACUCCUGGAUCUCUGGCUGUCUUCAACAUCAUCCUGCCUCUGCAGACCCGGGACACGGUCUGCAUUGACCUGGUGAUGGGCAAACUGGCUCACUCUGUGGAGCCCCUCACCAUCUUCAACGGCAUGCUGCUGUAUGAAGACAUGUAAAGAGUUCAUACUGGAGAACCAGAACAACCCUGUUUAAGACUCAUGACAAACCCACAGGAGGCUGCACCCUGAAGUAUGAUGUCACUUCUUCUUUCAGGAGUGUUUUUAUGCUGAUGACAGAAUGUUUUAAACGAAUGUUCACGCCCGAAGAGAGAUCACUUGUUCCUAACAGAACUUUGACUGAUUUUUUGUGUUUUUUUUUAUUUUAAAGAGAGUGUUUUUCACUUCACAUCUGGACGAUUGAACAAGUCAAUUUAUUCAUAUGACUGGUUUAACCAGUCCGCUAAAGUGAUGUGGUCCGAGGACCUGAAGUCAGAGCAGCACUGUGAAGACAGAAGUGCCCGACAACCAGGACCAGCUGUUCCUUGAAGCCUCUUACUGCUGCUAUGUGGAAUGACACAAACUCUUGUGUGGAACCAUUUCAGCGUUCACAGUGGAAACUGCAGUUAGCACCCUCUACAGGCUACAGAGAUUAUUACAGCUUCAAUGUGAACCAACAAAGUCCUCAUUGCUUCUUAGAGGCUGUGUCCUAAUUCAAGGGUAGCAUCCUUCCAAGGGCCCAGCCUAUGAAGGAAAAAGCCUUCAUGUUCAGCGUCGACCUCUCAGGCCCAUUAGAAAUAAAACGGUCUGGUCUUCAGAGGAAUCCCUGUUUGCAUCACCAGCUGUUCCCUCCCUUACUUCCCUUAAAGCACUGCCCUUGUCACCUAGCAGCCUUGACUUGCUGCAUCAGAACUUGUUAACAUAACUUAGAUGAUUUGAAGUUUCAAAGCCCCCCUUUUAUUUUGUAGUAUAGGUAGCUAUUUGAUUGAGUUAAAAAUCAAUUCCUCACAACUAAAAGUGUAUUACUUGGCCAUUUGGGAGUAAGCAGUUUGAAUUGGCGUGCACCUUGGGAUAUAUUGGGCCACUGAGGAUGAACUGGAAGGACCUUGAGUGGGUUGGUGAGAAGGACGCAUUUGAAGGAGGCUUCAAAAUGGGACAGUUACAGUCACUCAGCUGUGAUGUUAUCAGUGUUGAAAUGCACGCCCUGAGGGAUGGAGCCCCUGAAUUGGGACAUAGCUAGAGCCUCACUGAUGGAGGUUAAAAAAGUCCUGAGGGUGGCGCUGCAGGAAACAUUAUGAGGUCACUUUGAUAAACAAGGCCCACCUGGAGCAGGAAGUUGAAGUGAACAUUUAUUGAUGAUCUGACAGUCAUGUGUUAAGAUAUCUGACAGUUGUUGAUCUUUGGACUGGUAGAUGUGAUUAUGGAUUAAAAUGUUGGGACAGACAGAUGGACGCUCAUCUUAAACCCUGCUCCUGGCAGGUCUGAUGUCAUGGCAACAAAUGGCGGUGUGACUUUAAAAACAAACCAGGCUUUUUGCUUUGAAGCUCUAUAAAGGCAGAAUGUGUUUUCUGUUUGAUUUAACGACUGAAAUGAGUUCAGAUUGUGAAUGUUUUAUUAUAAAAUGCACCUUUUAUUGUUAUGCCUGUAUUUGUAUGUCAAAUAUCACAUAGUUCACAUAAAUGUUAAAAUACUUAAGGACAAGGAUGGAAUUACUACAUUUUUUCUAGCUUUAACAAAUCCCUUUAAACCAGAGAUGGCAAAAAAAAAAAAAAAUCAUCAUAUGCUUUACUUAAGUUAAUGUUGCCACAGUGUACACAUACUGCUUCCUGAAUGUUUUUCACAAUAAAACAUCGAGACGAUGUUCAGGAAAUGUCCUUUGUGAAUUUAAAGUAAAAUGACGAAAAUUAAGUUCUGUGUCACAGAAAUAAAAACUAAAGUAAGAGGCUUUGAUUAACUCGAUACAUUUAUUUUGAAGGCCCUAAACAGGUUUUUUUAUUUUUUUUU